CUCGUCUACGAUUGAGGCGAGGACGAGAAUUGUUGUAUGUGCAGCAAAACAGGGACGAGUAGCUCUAGCUCUGACAACACCAGAAAAUAACGAAGGCCUCACAUGAUGGAUUUGUUUGUUUUGUAUUGAUAUUUUCCUUUUCUUCCCUCGCUUUAUUUCUCUAAAGGCUCGUGGGUAGAACUAGAAGGAGAAGCUGACUCUCAUAAACGGUUACAACGGUUGUAACGGACAAAAAUUUUAUUGCAUUUACAGACAAGCGCAGUUACAGUUUUUCUUUUUAUCCAAAGACGAGGAAGCUCUUGAAAGUGAAGUCGAUAUUCACCCUCCACAAGGAACAUGCCUGUUUCCGGCAAAAGAAUUGCAGGACUAGGCCUGUUGUCCUGGCAGUUCAACGCUGUGUGGAAUUCUCCUGGGGUCGCCGCUCUUGUGGUGGACGUUUCAAGGCGCGUCGACAAACAGCAGAACGUCAGGCGAAGUGGCAAGACACGAAAGGCCAGCGCUGGUGCCACGACCGCAACUACCGCUACCACCAUGGAUCCGGCGAUUGAGCUCAAGAAAGAACGAAUUUGUGCUAAGCUUGACGACAAGAUGGUUGGUGGACGCCGACGAGCAUCUUGGUCCUUUAUGUAGUGACGUCACGCACAUGCUUCGUAGUUUUCUUUCAACGAGCCGCAAAAGAUGCUCGCCGAUUUCUAAGCGGCAGAAGUGUUUUCUCGAUCUUGAUGAAAUGAAGUUAAAACAGCACCUGGCCCUGUUUGCCUUUACCGUCAACGAAUCCCAAGGGUGUUACCCCCUCGAUACAGACCGGCAACAACGGCCCCGACGAACUGCCAAAAGUGACGCAGGCAAGAGCGGCGCCCACAGCCGUGGCUUCUGGCUGUUCGGGGUGCCCGGACUUCGCUAUAAAAAGUUCGCGGACAAGAAUGACAGCGGCCCCCCAUAUGGUAUGGGCCCUAUUUUUGUGCAUUGUAGACGACCGCGAGACCGGCCGCGACUUUUCGUCAGUCCAAUAGCCUGCGUGUCUCGCGAGGGCCUCGCCGAGGAAAAAGAAAAUAAAACGCAAAAAAUACAGGGUUCGCCCCGAGACUCGCGAUGCCAUCUUGAAAAAUUCCGCUUCCGCAUUUAAGUGAUUACAAUUUUCCGUCCUAUCGGGCCCGCUGCAGGACUCCCAAGCCGCGCCGGAGUUGGAUUUUUCACGCAAGCCGAUAAAGUCAUAGUCGCCAUACGCCAAACAGCUCGACUCUUGUUGUUAUUUUGACUACACUUGCACAGAUUCCAAAAGCGCGUGGUGUAACGCUAUGAACGACGGCGCGGUGGUCGCGGGCCCAAAGCGGGGAAGUCCGCCAGCUUCGGUUGCUUCACCCACCGUGCGUGAAACCGGUGCUCGGCUGUGCUUUCUUCGCUGGCCGCCUAGCCAGAGGCACACGCGUAGCAAAGACCUCUCGGGCCGCGUUCCCUACCAUGCCCGGCUUCCGUCCGCUUUGCUGGUGCGAGCCUUCCGUCGCGCUUUUUGGCCCGAGGAAGAAAGAAAACGCCAGAAGCCUCACUACCUCCGCUCAGGCGGCUAUAUUCCACACCUACUAUUAUGGGGACAAAAUUUACGAUCCCAACAGUGUAGACACUGUAGCAGAAUGCAAAAACGAACUUGACGAUACGGGAGGAAUAGUGUUCUCCUUUGGUGAAGAGGCAAAACUGCCUCCCGACUCCGGGCACUCCAGCUCCAACACGGGCUAUUACUACCAAGACGGCAAUAGUUUGUAUAUCCUGGGGGAAAACAUCACAGCCCCAUACCCAAGAUGGGGCAGCUAACUGCACAUGCCCAGAAGCUUCGUGGCCUCCUUGUAUCAGACUUACUUACCCUCGCAGUGCAAGCGUUCGUAGCUCUAAAAGCAGCAACACGUGCCAUGCGCCACCGGAUGUGCUGGGGAACACGGACUCAGGCAAAGUUUGGGCAGUCUACCCUGCGACUAACCUAGUGACCCGCUACCACCGGUUGCCGGUCGGGCAUUGUCGAGCCGCAACGGCCGGCAAGCACUGACAAGAUGAAAGGGCCAACGGACUCAGAUUUGGCAGAGCGCCGCCAUUUUCAGCAGCGCCACCGUGCUAGCAAUAAGGCAGGCCUGCGUGGGUCUUGGGGCUUUGCUUUCGGUGGUGCCAGGUUGUUGGGCCGCUAAGGCCGAAGGGCGUUGCUUUCGGGGGAUCCCGCCAGCGCCCGUCCUGUGAUCGGCGCUCGCAGGUGGUAGAUAGGCGACCAGGAAAAAGGGAGUGGCCCGCAGUAGUUUGCCAGAGAAGGGACGGCCAGCAUCUUCAUCGCUGGCCGUCCAACUUUUUUGCUGAUUCCGGAAGCGCAGGCGGACAAACUGCCAUGGGCCGCACACGAAUGGAAUGGACCGCCGGAAAUCGCGGGGGCGGGGGAGGCGCCGGAGAAGCAGCAAGGCGGGCGCACCCCCGCGCCGCCAACGCCCUUGCCACAGACGCGUCCGCCCCGCGACCGGCUUUGGUUGUUCGGCUUCGGCAACCGCUCCGGGCAACUGCCCCGCGCGGCCUCGGGCCUGGCGGCUUUUUUGCCAUUUCCCGCGAAAAGGGCCGGCAGCGCCUAGGCAGGCGGGGGCGCUUUGCGGCAUUGAAAGGCUGCGGCUUUUAGAUUUGGGGAAAAGUGGGACCCCCAUCCGCCCGCGCGCUGGAUGAGCCGGGGAAGGGCCGCCCCCGCGCUAUCCUACCUGCCACCGGCGGGAAGCACCGGUAUAGUCUCUGAAACGUGGCCUUGCGCCGCCACCACCUUGACGGCCAGGACCAAGGCACGCCGGCCCGCCGUCGGUGCUUCCUUGUGGUCUUUUGCGGCAGCCUUUAAAUGUGGCGCGCGGGACACUACUAGCCGGCCCGCAGGCCAUCCGGAUUUAUUGAAUAAAGGCAAGCGCAAGCAUAGCGUCUGCAGGGAUUUCUCACGCAAAGGGCGCGCCAAAUACUUCAGAAAACCCACCCGCCGGCCGCGCGGGGAGAUUGAGAGUCCUCUCGCCCUGUGCCCCAAGAAAGGUGCGCGGAUACCAGGGAGCCCAGAGAGCCCGCCGCCGCCCCCGCAGAAACCGUGCGCCCGCGAGUUUGCCAAAAGCGGCAGCACAGUCCAAGCGAAGCGCGAGGGCCUCACCCGGCCCCGUCCCUCUCUCGUUUCGCUUUUUGCGGGCGGGCACUUACGCCGAAGCAGAAGCACCAUCCAAAAGCACGCGGGCCGGAAGCGGCAUGAAAAACCCGGCAGGCAAAAGGAGAGCGCGCGAAGCCGCCGCCAACUCCCCCACGAUCGAAAUAGAUACGGCCGGGGUGACUGUGGCGCGCGCGCGCCGACUUGUCGCGCUUCGCCAUGUUAGAAUGACGGCCCGAGGGUUGGGACAGGAGUGCCCCCGAUAUUCAGGGCGCUACAAGAAGGAGGGGGAGCGCGCGUGGCGUAUUGAUUUCGCCAGCCCUUUUCGGGUGGCCGGUUUGCAGCGCGCCGAAAGGCCGGGCCAUGCAUGGUAUGGAUGCGUUGCAUUGGUUCCCGACAUGCGACGCGUGCUCCGUUGCUCGCGCGCGCGGUGCCGCCUCGAAAGCAAAGGCGUCGCUGUUGCGUGAGUGCGAAUGCCGAACUGCGCGCGGCCACCGCGCGGCCCGAGAAAGUUUUCCCGUUGUGCCCCCACCCCGAUCCCCGCGCGCGCAGGGCGCGCCCUGAAAGCGGCGCGCCAUUUCACACACAUUCCCGCCGAACGGCCCGCGCGCGCGCAGCGUGCGGCCGAAAUGAAUUCAGCUGUCGCGCCUGCGUGUGGCGUCGCCCGGCGCGCACCUUUCGACGUCCGCCCACAUGUGCCAACAAGCGGGCAGAAGUUGGGUAGGCCAGCCCGCCGCGGCAAGCACUAUCAUGGAGGCGAGCGGGCGCCGCGCUAUUGUGGUAAGCUCUGGGAAUAGGCUGGCUGCGGCCGCUUUCCUCUCGGGCAUGCCUGCGAUGGCGCCGGGCAUUUACCGAGGUAGGUGCGCGCGCGCAGCUCGGAGCACUGUGGUGGCCAGUCUGUCGCGCAGGAGGGGCGGUCCAGGCGGGCGGCCCGUGGCGCGCAACGUUUUGCCUAGCCUGCGGCGGUCCGAUUGAUCAGAUUCAUGAAGGGGCCAGCCAAUUUGCUGGGAGCGGCCGGCAUGCGAAAAGCAAACAAAGAAGCGGCGUGCGCGCGAUAACUGUCUCGGCUUGUUGCGCUCCUCGCUUCGCGCGCUCAGUGUUCUGGCUGCGCCUGAGCAGAAAAGGCGCAAAGGCCUCGCGGGCGCGCACAUUGAUUGCGCAAAGGCAUCCGGCGAGCGCGCUCGUCUUCCGCCCCGCUACACAUUGCAGCGCUUCGCAGUCUGGCGCGCUGGUUCUGGCUCUUAGCUUGUAGGCCCGGCGUUCUUCGCAGUGGCCUUCCUGCGCGGCGAAGGUUCUCCGCCUUACUGCCCAGCCAAGCAAGCAGUCCCGGUAGUGGCGAGCAGCGCCACGCACGCUAGUAUGGCGCAAGUGUGGGGCCUGUUGUUUUCAACACACACGCAGACCGCCGGCAUGUUUAGGCUUCGGCAUAAGUACCCGGGCCCUCCGCCUCCGGCAAAGAAAGACGGCGCCUGGCCACUUCGCAGAGGCGAUACCGGGACGGCCCGCCGGCGGAUAGGAGCUCCCGCGCUGCCCCACUCUUUAGUAGCUCGGGCCGCUUUCGAACCGAAUCGCCAGCGAAAACAACCGCCGGCCGGCUGAUUGAAAAAAGCGCCGGCCCGCAGGUGGGCCGGCAAGUGGCGCCCCUCCGAGGCGCCCGCCGCCUCGGGUUCUGGCGGUUCGUUUUGAGGGUCUAGAGCCUGGCGAACAAGAUGGGGGCAGCGCGAAAAACGCACCGGGGCCGCGCGGUGCGCGACGCGCGCCAGUUUUGGCGUGCGCCUGAGACCCGCAAUCGCUGGCAAUAAGUAGCGGGGGGCACUUCAGAAGCGGGCUUGGGGCCAAAAGCCAAGUGUGUCUUGCUAAAAAACGAAACAAAACGCGCGCGCCCAGAAGCUGGAAACCAAUCCGCAUGCUUUGGGCCUGAUUUGAGACGCCUCUCCCUCGGGUCGGCCCUUGCUUCGCGGUGGGGGCCCUGGUGUUGCUAAUGCAUGUGGCGAAGGGAACCCAAACGGCCGGCAACUGAGGGCCGGGCCUUUCAUCGGCCAGCGGCCGCGCCGUCGUGCCUCCCGCCGGCCGUGCAUGGCACUAGGCUUGGUGGAAUGGCGGGCAUGCAGCAGGAGGAUGCGCCCGCUUUCAGAUUGGGACAAGACAAAAAAAGCGCGGCGCCCUCAUUGCCCCCGUUGUGGUUGCUAUUAUUGGUAGGCCAGCUGAGGAAGCGGCUCGCUGAGUUUGGCAAUGCUUCGCCCGGGGAAACAAGGAAGAGCCGGAAAAGCGAAAACGCGGGACAGCUCUUUUGCAGUCGGCUUCACAAGCCACCAAAGGCGCCUGGCUCUCUGAGUUUUCUCGAGGUGCCGGGCCUAGCCAACACAGACACAGGGCGGCGGCGAAAGGUCUGCCACCACCACCACCAUGCCGGCACUAAGAUUCUGGGUCCUGGGGCUUUCAGUGGUGCUAAGCUGCUGGCCCGUUAAGGGCUUCGGGCAUUCGUCGGGUCUUGUUGACCAAAAACAGAACGCAUUCAGGCAGUCGACUGGCUUAGACUCGUCAAGCCCAUAUGGGGCCGCGAUGUUUUUGCGCGGGAUAUCCGCCGACCAAGAGACGAAGUGCCGAGUCGCCAGCAGGGCGCACGGAGAUAGGAAUCAAAUUAAACAGAAAAACCCUGGCACUUGGGAAGACUGGAAGAACCUUGCGCCGACGACCGUCACUGGCCACACUGCUUACCGGAAAUGCGUUUCCGCGUUAGAUCCAAACUCGCCUGUUGACUACUACAUGUUAAACGAGGUGGAAACGCAAGACACCUACGAUCCAGCACUCUGCGUCUACGCAGAAGACAUUUUUCUCACCGAUGCUGAAAAAACCCAGAGUCAUUGCCCCCCCACAACGACGACCACAACUACUACAACUUUCAACGUGGUUCCUUACUUAAAGGAUCAAAAAAUUUGUGGAAAAAAGGAAAACGCAAUGACUAUGGCCUCCUCAGCUUUUACAUUCUCAGCUGGCACGCCCCUGAGAGCGCUUGUCAUGGCAAACCAGCAAGAGAAUAAAAGCACGACAUUCUGUGCCGGUCGCAUGACAAAUUUUGGAAAGAUUUCGAUCCUAUCUGAGGCUUCUUAAAUAUGUGAUGUGUGGAUUGAUAAACAUGAAGAUGGGCAUGGGGGAGGAGAUGCUGGCACAGAUCUGGCAUGAUGAAUGUAUCGGCUAAUAUGUAACACUUACACUCAAUGAAUGUGUGCCAGUUGAGGAGGCCAUAAUUAUAGGAGGACGACGACGCAACGACAACGGCGUCUAUGGUAGUGACGGUACUUGCUACCAAUAUGGCGCACCAAUUGUUUACGGCGACGCGACCUACGAGACGGUGACAGAUCCUCUGACGUGUUUACAGAAGCUGGAUGAAAAAGGUACCGGAAUAGUAUUUUCUUUCGGUGGAGACAAAAAAACGCCCGGCAGUCCAUCAAUGACCGGCAGCAACCACGCUACCGCAACACAGUGUAGAAUCGCGAACGUAGCAAAUUACCCCACGCAAGGGACUUACGCAGACUGUGAUCAGGAAGACUGGCUGGAUACUGCGGAUCGGGCGGUGGACAAGCACGUUGCCUACCGAAAAUGCGUCUCCUCUCAAGAUCCCACGUCAGUUGUUGACUUCUACAUGUCUGGCAAUGCGCAGGUGGAAGAUACCUACGAUCCAACGCUUUGCGUUUACGCCGAGGAUAUUUUCCUCACCGCCGCCGAGAAGACCCAAAAUCAUUGCCCCACCACAACCACCACAUCAACCACCACUACAACAGAGCCCGUAGAUGUCAAAUGCGAUGGCAUUGGCAACGAGAUGGUCCACUUCAACAACACGCUAUCCAAUGUGUAAGUGCAUCGGUGUACUAGAUAUCAACCUGGUGCGAAAAAACUGUAAUGUAGAAGGGGUGAUCUAGCAAGAUGCCAUUGUCAUGGCGACACUGAAAUGAUGAUAAAGGUCAAGAAUGCAUGUCGAAGUCGAUUCGCUUGCCAUUUCCUUUGCUGAAUGAGCCGACUUGAACUUGAGUUUCAUACUUUGCGCCCUCCACUAUAAGAUCAGAAUGCCCUUUCCCGUAGUUGCUAUUGUUAUUGAGGGACAAGUAGGAGAAGGAAAUGGCGCACCUAUGAUUAACACUCAAGAGCAAGCACCUGCCUGACGGUUCUCAAAUCCACCUUCCGCAGCAGGCGAAAAGCACAGCCACUAAAGACGACACUGACGCCCUACCUUCGUUUUAUUCUAUGCAGUGCACAUAUUUCUGGGCAUUGAACAGUACAGCGAGCCUGGAGUAGACAACGAGAAAAAUCUGUCUUGCACAGUCAGCAAAAGUGUGCGCCGUUCUCUCCGGACGAAGGAGGCACUCCUCAUGCAGAUCGGGCAUGGAGAGGCAUCCGCCGCUCUUGUCAUGCUCUGCAUGCACUCCAGGCCUUCUUGCAGGUCCAACGUAAGUAUUCUUGGCAAAUGUCUCCACUUUUUCAGGCGCAGACAUAUUUGCAAUUGAUAUGGUCACAGCCGACGUCAUUUGGAUAUGCGAUCAGAUGACUCAAAACGGGGCCGCCUUUCGGGGUUAUGACGCGGAUGAAAAUCGCGGCCGCGCUUGGUCUCGGUUAAGUAAAUUUUUUCUGUGGUCGCACGUGGGUGUAUCUAUUGAGAUUUGCGCAAGAUUUUGCACUUUGCGUGCUUCGACCCACGGAUGACGGAGAUGCUGGUCGCAGGAUAAGUAAAUAUUAAUAGUAGCGCGUGCACCUUCGCACUCGAUAAUUCUCGUGAUACAUUAGUUUAGAACAGGAAUUCAGGCCCCUGGGCCUAGCCUAUGCAGUACGCCACGUGCAACUGAAACAAGCACAGGCACAAUAACAAACGUGGCUAGCGCACCAACCUGAGCGUCGUCGUUCGUCUGAAAAAGAACUUGCGCGCCAAGAAUAUCGCCGAGGGCUGAAUAAGUAAGAUUUGUAAAGCGAUUUUUUCUUUAUGCGUGCGUUUACUUAUGCGCUUAGCCGUUUUGCGCCAUCCGUAUUCGCGCCUUUGCCGAUCCCCGCGCGCCCGCCGCGGCACACCGAUCGCACGCAAGGAGGAGGAAUGCCCUGCGGUGCCUGCCCGCGUUGGCCACCAGCGUGCCUGCCAGCGCUGCUUACCCGCUCUGCCUGCUCUCGCAACGGGCCGUCAGUGGGCGCGGCCCCCACCAUCCCCAAACCCGCCUGCUGCCACCCCGUGUUGCCGCCCGGCCCCCGUAUCAUGUUGCCGCCCGGAAGCCCGCACAUGUUGCCCGCGCGCGCGCGCAUCUUCAAAAUGCUUUGCGUGCAAUGUUUUCGAUGCCCGGGACCUCUAUGAUUGUAUGUACGUAGUGAGGUCACGAGCGUUCAUCUAUCCUCGCUGUUUUUUUGACGCCUCACCUGCAAAACGCCCGGCAGUUUUCAAUCGGGCGGAGGUGUUUUUGGACGUAAAAUAUUUCCAUUUAUCAAUCGGCCGGGGCGUUGCCGGCAAAAAAGCCAGCGCGGAUUCUAUCGAUUCCCAAUUGAAAGCACGACGCAAGGGGGCCGACAAAAGGGGCGUCCUUCUGAGCCGCCCGGCGCAUUUGCUUCCGCCGAUUUGGGGCGCCUAAAAAGGGACGCCAAGAAAAUGCGAAGACGACAAAAACCCUGGAUCCGCAUGGUGCGCGCCCCAUUUUGGCUCAUUUUUGAAGGUCGCAAGGCCGGCCACAAAAGUCUGGCAUUUGUAAUGCGGGGAACAGGCCAAAAGGUGCGACGCUUCACCAAAAAAAACCCAAAGAAGCAAAGUCCGCAAAAAUCUGAAAGCCAAUCCGCAUGCUACGGGCCCGAUCCGGGGCGCCCAAGGAGUUGGCCCUGGCGGGGCCACAGCGUGCGGGACAGCGUUGCUGCUCUGGAGGCAGCAGGGGCGCGGUUUUUCAACAAGAAAAAACAAAAAACGCGAAUGCCGUCAAAAGCAGCAAGCUAGCCUGAAUGCCGUGGGCCCGCCCGAUUUCUUUGGGACGCCCAACGUUUUCGGACCUAUUUUGAAGACAGGAAGGCGGGGGUCUGUCGCCGUGAUUUUUACCAUCCGCGACACCAUGCCGAGUAACAUUAUACGCGAAGGAAUACUUGUGGCGAAAAACGCAAAUAUUUUGCGCAUGGGUGGAAUACGCGAGAACAGUAAGGAAAAGGGGGUCGGGUAGUCAAAAAAACCGCCCUGACCUCACUACCCCCGCCGAGGCGGCCACUAUUGGCAUUUUCAGACGAGCUUACAUACUUGCCCGCAGUAUUUAUGAAAAAAGGAACACGCAAUCACGUUCACGUGCGCGAAAUGCGCAGGAAGAAAGGUGGCACAGCUUAUUGCUGCAGUGCGAGAAAUUCUAAAUGUUCGAACCUAAUCCUGUAGUGUGUAGUUCAACGUCUGAGCGUGGAACCGAUUUCAUCGCCAUCGCUACUUUCUGCACUACCUGCGUACCGGCCCGAAAGACAACAUAUGGAGUGUAAAAAAAAAACGCAGUGCUAGGAUCAACGUCACCAUUGCGAAGCUGUCCGCAAAUCUUGAACUUCUAGUAUUGGCGCAGCUAGUCCUGAGUGAACCCGGAGAAAGUCAGAAGCCUAGCCCCCUCGCUCGCUCUCCGUUUAUCCUGGUCCCCUUUUUCCUUGCUCUCCCUCCCCGAGCUUUUUCAAGUAGAUUGCCCCCCUCCCAUCCUCCGUACCUUCUGAUGUGCCCGGUAAGCCGCUGCGCCCUUCUCUUUCGCCCCCGCCCCCCAUCUUCUUCCCCUUUUCUUUAGCGCAGGCGAUGUGCGAAUUCUCCCUGUCUUCUCCUUUCUUCUUCUCUGCCAUUCUGUAUGUUUUUGGCCCUGGCAUUCAUUCUGUGUCCCACUCCCGGCACGGCCAUUUUCGUUUGUUGCACAGUCAGUUGGGGGCCGACCCCGACUCGUGCCUGCGCCUGCCGCGUAUCGUUUUUCUGCUGGCGUAUUCAUCGCCGGCGCGCCACAGCCCAAGAAGGACCGGUCGCAAAAUGCCAUGCGCUAGGUAUGUGUUGCAGUGUGUGCUGGCGAUUUCUCGUGUGCAGAGGUCUUGGCCGCUUCGAUGCAGCACAGCUUCUCGCUCCCAACGGAGAGCACUUUCUGUCUUUGCUCAUUGAUUGAGUAGUCUGAAUUUGUUCGGUCAGUCCUUUAUUAUGUGAUGGUGGCGACGCGAUGCAUUGCAGUUUUCGAAGUCGAGACAACAACGGAGAGCCCUAUCCAGGUGAUCCGCUGACCAAAGCCGAUCUACCGGUCACUCAAUACAGUGGAGAACGUUGCCGUCACCCAGCUUGUUCUGCCUCCUACAUACUUAGAUAGACAUGCAUAGGGUCAAAAAAUAUAUAAAAACAAAGUGCAUUACCCGACCAAGAAUCUAGCAUCGGCAAGGAGAACAAGAACAGCCCGCGUCAUCGUCGCAGUGCGACCAUUCUGCACUUUUCUCACUUUUUGGCACAUGCUGGAGAUGGCGCAUCGUCAUCAACGAUAGGCGGCUUCGGGCUUGAUAUGAUGUUGCAAUAAAUAUGUUUUAGUGGGACAUCUGCCCCUGAUAGUAUGGCUAGCCUUUGUGAGGAAGUGAGGCGAUACCCGAGUGGCAUCCUGGGGCCUUGUUUAAAGUCCUCCACGCAACUUGACUGAGAAAUGCAUGUGCGCCAGUAUGUAGAGAGACUGCUAACAGAGAACUUCCUAGUAUCUUCAUCAUGCGGACACGAGGUGAGGAUAUGGAAGCGGCCGCAGCUGGGAAGUCAAAUCGGAAAAGCAGAGCUUUCCCGUGGGUGCAAAUAAAGAUCGAGGAAGUCCCAGUGCUGACGCGCUUGUCGUACUUAGAGUGCAAUAAAUGCAAGUAAGUAAGAUGACUUGGCAUUCGUUUCUUCCUGCUAGCUCAUCCGGCCUCUUCAUUCUUCAAGUUUGUAGCCGAUGACGGCAGCUGCGGACAUUCGUUGCGUUCUGCUAUGAAGAAGCCCACUUUGCUGCUGGUUGCGCCGGAAAGCAUGCUCGUGAGAACUGUCUAAGUACGAGUAGUCCUUUCUGUCGUGAUUUCUCGCUCUUGCUCGCACGUCCAUACCUCUAAUCGAACAAUCUUCACUGCAAUAUGUUUAUGGCACAGAAGAGCCGGCGGGAAGUGUUGGUUCUUGAGGGGCGGGUCAUGGGUGGUGUGAGUCGAGAGACUCAGAAGUGUAUCAGUGUUUUCAAAUUGGCAGCAAAAAAAUUUCGCGAGCCGUGUGGUGGAGUCCGCCGGUCCAUACCGUGCUCUACUUGUUGUGUUGUGUGGCGUUUGGUAGCUUUGCAUCUUUUUCUUUUCACUAUAUAACAUAGCGCAUCGCCCAUCAGGCCGUCCAACAAGCCCAGAACCCUCCGGCACUUUACUAAUUGAAAAUCCGCACAUACGUUAUAUGCAAGGACCUCGACGUGGAAAUUGAAGCUUAUCAAUGAGAAAUGUGUUGCCCUUGUGCGUGGGCCCAGAAAGUCUUGUUUAAGUAUGUAGAUCACCAGAAUGAAACGAGUGCCACUGCCAGCGCCCUCUGCAGGCUGUACGUGGCUUUCGGAACGAACAGGACACAGCGUGGAGCGAGGCUGUCGUGUGGCCGAAACGCACAGCGCAUGAGGAGUUUCCGAGCCCUUUGUUCUGUCCAUUGCUUAGCUGAUACAACGAGCAGCGUCCUUAUCUUCCAGCGUCAAAAGCAAAAGGAUAUUGAUGCGAGAACUCACGGCUACACAAUUGCGCACUAAUCCGUCCCAGAAAAGAUUGACAUUGAAACGCUUCACUUUUGUAUUUGCUUCUCGCGCGCUCAGUUGCUAUUCCUACGAAAGCAACGAACCAUGCAUGUUUCUUUCGUCACCUAAUCUGAAAAAUCAGACUUUCAUCAAUAAUUUCACAUGGGCUCCAUUUCAAUGCCAAAAAGCUUGCACUACCAACGACUUAUGCAAUGCGUGCCAGCAAGCCGAGGAGAAGUGCUACCCUGUAAAAAACCGUACCCAUCGACACCGUCCCUAUAGCCUGCACUUCCGAUCUUCUGCGAUCGCACCGCAUAGACUUAUUGCGCUUGUCAAGCAGCAUAGCUGAUGGGGAUGGCCCCUUCUAACGGUUGCACAUCCCUAUCCCACGGAGGCCAGUAAGUAUAUUUUUACCGGUGCGGCUGCAUCAGGACGAGCAGGACGCAGUGCCUUUGUUUUGUAUAUGCGUUUAGUUGUCAACAUACAAGAAUACAGAUACCGGCGAAAGCGAUACACUCUAAGCGAGUCACCUCAUAGAUAGACAUCAAGUGCAUGAAAUUAGAAAUCGGGCGGAUGGGUACUCUUUUGGAGUUCAGAUUUGCCCGGACGCAUUGCGGAGGACGACCGUCAGUAUCAAGGCGGAAACUGUGUCACUUUUUGUCUGAAACGAAAGGUGAGAAUGUUAGAACAGCAAGGAUCUCCUUUGGCUUGCCUACGGGAUGAGACAGAAUCUAUGUAAGCAGACAGAGAGUUUGAGGCCUCUGCCCGCGGUUGAUCACGAGUGGGAGUGGGGCAGUGCAGUGACCCCACGGACAGCUAAUGCAUCCUCGCGAUCCAUCCUAGACACAGUCACAGACGCGACUCUAUCGAAUAAACUUGUGAUCCACUGCAACACUGCCAAGUACACCACGACUGAGCCGGAUCCUCGCAACUCAUAUAUAACACUUCCGCGAAAAAUGUGUAAAGAGAGACAGUUUUCGUGCUUGUAGCUGCGGUCAACUGCGAAAACCGGUAAUGGAGAAGCCAAACUACGUAAGAGCUUUGAAGUGACUAGCUGACGCAUUCCGGACUACAGAUGUAGUGGGUGACGCAGCGAGAACGCAAGGGCGUCACACGAAAAAACACACGCACCAACCACUAAAGAAAAACGUGGCACGAUUUGACUCUUACCGAUUCAGCGGAUUCGUUGAGAAGAAUUUUGUUUUCCCGACACAAUAUCCUGAGGGGCGCAGAAAACUCCAAGACCUGCAUCGCGUCCAUCGUGAUAUCGACCUGGGUUUCAUCAUUGUGUCGUUUUUUUGGAAGUCAGGCGCGCAGGGAGGCACAGGCGCUGACAGGGAAGAUUUCUAUCAAUCUGUUGAGAAGGAGAGCAGCAACUUUUUUCUUUUGCCACGAGUUGUAAUAACAAACACAAAGCCAAUACAGCUGCGAUUGCGUAGGUACCUAAUUAUAUGCAACAGCAAAGUAGUAGAAACGAGUCGGCUAAUCUUCGGCUCCUCUGUGUUUUUUUUCGAACGAAGAAAACGAAGUACUUCGCUUACCCCGCAUCGAAUGGUGUUUUUCUUUUCGAAACAAAAAAUAGAGUACUCCACUUACCCCACACCGAAUGAAGAGGAGUAAUAUAAAGGAAAAGUCAGAAUCGAAGCGGAAUACAAAUUGUUCUACUUUUUAGCUAGAAAAGAUGCUAGUCGUAAAGAUACUUGUUGCGCUCUGCACCAACUGUUGCACGAACAGAAUGAAAGUCCGCGGCGAUGAUGAAGGGCAGCGUGAAAGAGCAUGGCCACAACUUUAAAAGUAUCCAUGGCCUUACCUCUCGACAGAGCAACUCUGUCAAAUUAUCGAACUGAUAAACAACCUCGUAUAAUGAAUCGCAUGAAGGGCCGCCUCAUCCGCGACGAGCGCCCCGAGGCACCAAUACAUAGAAGACAAAGUAGCACUACAUAAAGGAGCACAAGGGAACUCAAUCAAUGGCGUUCAGAGGAAAGCACGUGGCUGACACUGAGAACGCGAGAACGCAAUCAAUAGCGUCUGAGCCGUGAGACCGCGAGAACGCAAACGGGCCAAGCGGCACACCCCCCCCAACUUCGCGCAAGGACCCUGCGAAAAGUCAACUGUUACUCGACCCCCGAUGCAGAUCCGAGGACCCGAAACUGUGGCAUUGUCAGCACAAGAUCCUGUACUUACUUUUAGCUAGCUUUGUUUCAGUCCUUGCGCGAUCGAUUUUGAACGACUAAGAUUUGCGUAGAAGAAUAGUUUACCCAACACAGAUUCUGUCAGUCUCUGUGGUCGUUUUAAUCUUGCUUCUGUUGUCGGUUCUGGUACUUGCAAAGAGACGAUCUCAUGCUUUUUAUUUUGUAAGUACGGGCUGGCGGAGGUGGGAGAAGCGCGCGGUAGUCCACCGAAGGAAACACUGCCAGCAUCGUCCGCCUCGUCCUCGAUUUUUGUGGUUUGUUGAUUUGUUGGGACGAAAAGGAAAAGAGGGCCCCAGCUUCUUCUCUGAGACCUGCAAAGGCGCUUGCUAGACACUACCACUCGCUCUUUCGGUCCUCAAGCUUACUGGGUUUAUUGUAGUCGCGUAAGUAUUAA